CAUCAUUCCAUGUCGUUUCCUUUUAUUCUCAGGAAUACUCACUCUCGCCCAUCCUCUACUGAGUUUUACUCUCUCUCUCUCUCUCUCUCUGUGUGAGAGAUUUAAAGAGCGGAAAGACACUGGAAACUUCCGUCUUUAAGGUUGUUUGUUUAUAUUGUCAAAACCUUAUGGUAUUGUUUCUGUCGAUCUUCUUGUUCUUGUUUUUCUUCUUCUUCUAGACCAUGGAGUUUUCAUGUUUUUCGAAUUGGGGCAUCUCAUUCCAUUGAUUGCUUUAAGGGUGUGUGGAAAUCGGGUUUAUUGUUCUUGUGGGUUAAUCUUGAAGGUGAUUAAAAUGGGUGGAUCAAAGGAGAACUAUCCUUGUCUCAUUAGACCCUCAAGUUUUCAAGAAGGUCCAAGAAUGGGGGAUGCCAAGUUUGUGCAGGAAAUGGGACACAAUCAUCGGUUGGUUCUAGGCGAUAUCGAUCAGAAUGUUGUUGGGGUUACCUUAAACCAUUUCGUGGUCAACGAGGCAGAAUUCAAAGGGAAGUUUGCAGCACAAAUGGUCCAGCAAUGCCCUGGAGGACUUUGUGAAGCUAAGAAACAUACCUCAUUGGCUCCGAACCCUUGUAGCUUGGACGAUAGCACAAUUAUUGAUGUGGAGGAGUGCGAGGAUGCAAGUGAUGGUGGAGUUCCGAUGUUUGUGAAGCACACUGAAGACAUGCUGGAUGAAAUUGAUCGAAUGGAAGAGAUCGAAAUGGAAGAUGUGGAGGACCCAGUUAUUGAUGUCGAUAGCAGCGAUUUGAAAGAUCCACUUGCAGUUGUUGAAUACAUAGAUGACAUAAUUGCUUACUGCCGGAAAACUGAGUAUUCUAGCUGUGUUUCUCCAAAUUACAUGACCCAUCAAUUCGACAUCAAUGAGAAAAUGAGGGCUAUCCUUAUCGAUUGGCUUAUCGAGGUUCACUACAAAUUUGAGCUGAUGGAUGAGACAUUAUUCCUCACAGUGGACCUCAUAGACAGAUUUCUAGAGCGUCAAACAGUAAUCAGAAAGAAGCUUCAAUUGGUUGGACUGACAGCAAUUUUAUUAGCCUGCAAGUAUGAGGAGGUUUCGGUCCCUCUUGUAGAGGAUCUUCUUCUGUUAUCAGAUAAGGCAUAUACAAGGAAAGAAGUUAUUGAUAUGGAGAGAUUAAUGGUGAAUAAAUUACAAUUCAAUUUGUCGGUGCCCACCCCAUAUGUGUUCAUGAGGAGAUUCCUUAAGGCAGCCCAAUCCAAUCAAAAGCUGGAGCUCCUAUCCUUCUUCAUCAUUGAAUUAUGCCUUGUGGAAUAUGAAAUGCUCAAGUUUCCACCAUCUUUGCUAGCUGCUGCAGCAAUUUAUACAGCUCAAUGUAGUCUUUACUACUCCUUUAAGCAAUGGAGUAGAACUAGCGAGUGGUAUACUAGAUACUCACAAGAUCAGCUUCUAGAAUGCUCAAAACUGAUGGUUACUUUCCAUCAGAAGGCUGGAACUGGGAAACUCAAUGGAGUGCAUAGGAAAUACAGCACAUGGAAGUUCGGCCACGUGGCAAAAGCUGAACCGGCACGCUUUCUCCUAGAUCUUUGACACAGCUGAAAAGAUAUUGACAAAAGUUUGUAAUGUUGAGCUUUCAAGUUUGUGUAGCAACCGUGUGCAACAGAAGUUGCCCCGAGGAAGUCAACCAUGUUGGGUUUCUUUUGUUGUCAACCAUGUUGAUGUCUAUGUUCUUUUAAUAUUGGGGGGGUUGAAUGGAGCAAAGUAUGUUCCUUUUUGUCUUAUAAUUGUUUUCACAAUGGUUUGCUUAAUGUUUGUCAAGAUCCAAUUACCUCAUGGUGGUAUUUUGAUCUGUUUCCUGUUGAGUCUGAAUAUCCAUGAAAAGUCAUUUCUAUGUGCCAUUUCCCAAUUGAUGGAUGGAAAAGUAAAAUUCCUGUGGUUGAAUCCA